CGGUGUGGUCUGUAGUGGAGAUUUUUUUUGGGAGGCUGAGAUAGUGGGACGUACGUUAUUUUUUGGAGGAGAACAGAGUGAGAGGCCACGUUUGGAAAAGUUCCCCUUACGCAUCGUUGGAAAUUACAACAGGUUGACCUGUCACCAUGACAACAGAAGCAGGCUCUGAUACAGAGGUGAAGGAGAAAGCAGAGGAAUCAGCUGCUCAGCCGGACCAAUCACAGAAGGCAACAGAAGAGACCCAGGAAGUAGCGAACGCGGAGGGAGAGGAGAAGGAGAAAGAAAAGGAGAAGGAGAAAGAGGGGAAAGAAGGGAAAGAAGGAAAAGGAAUAUCUCGAUACCUGCCAACAUGGCUUAAGAAGCAGAAGUCUCAAAGCCAGACCUCCCCAACCAAGGAGGUCCCACCCACAGAGGAAGCCGUUAGCACGGUGACACAGGCAGAGGAGGGGCCUGCCCCAGAAGUGAACGGUCACGCAGAGGAAGUGGAAGAGAAGGAGGCAGUAAAGUCGGAGCAAGUGAAGGAAAAAGAAGCAGAAUCUCAUUCCAACACCAGUGCAGACACUGAGCCCGCCAAGGAAGAGAAGGUGGAAGAGAGUGCUGAGAAGAGUCCUGAAGAGACCAAGGAGACAGCAGAGGGAGAAGGAGCAGAGGAGGAGAAGGAGCAGGCAGGAGAGGUGCAAGGUGAAGGGGAGGGAGGAGGAGAAAGCCAGACCUCCAUUUUCCAGUCUCCUCUUCGUCUGGUGAGGAAGACCAAGAUGAAACUGGUGGUGUGUCAUGUGACCCUACUGGAUGGCACCGACUACACCUGUGAGGUGGAGAAACGUGCUAAGGGCCAGUACUUAUUCUUUAAGGUGUGUGAGCACCUUAAUCUAAUGGAAAAAGACUACUUUGGACUGACAUACACGGACAGCCAUGAACAGAAGUGCUGGUUGGAUCCCACUAAGGAAAUCAAGAGACAGAUCCGCAGUAACAACUGGCAGUUUGCGUUCAAUGUCAAGUUCUACCCUCCCGACCCCUCACUGCUCACUGAGGACAUUACCAGGUACCUGUUGUGUCUUCAGCUCCGUGAAGAUGUGGCUUCUGGUCGACUGCCUUGCUCAUUUGUUACCCACGCUCUGCUGGGGUCAUACACAUUGCAGGCUGAAUUUGGUGACUAUGAACCCGACCAGCCUCGGCCUCUGGACUACAUCAGCCAGCUGACCUUUGCGCCCAAUCAGAACAAAGAGAUGGAGGAGAAGAUUCUUGAACUCCACAAGUCCCACAGGGGAAUGACACCAGCACAGGCUGAUGCCCAGUUUCUAGAAAAUGCCAAGAAACUGUCCAUGUAUGGAGUGGACAUGCACCAUGCUAAGGACUCUGAGGGCGUGGACAUCAUGCUAGGCGUGUGCGCCAAUGGACUCCUGGUAUACAAAGACAGACUUCGGAUAAAUCGUUUUGCUUGGCCCAAAAUACUCAAGAUUUCAUACAAGAGGAACAACUUCUACAUUAAGAUCAGGCCAGGAGAGACGGAGCAGUUUGAGAGCACGGUGGGGUUCAAGCUCCAGAAUCAUCGAUCUGCCAAAAGGCUGUGGAAAGUCUGCGUGGAGAAUCACAGUUUCUUCAGGUUAAAUGCACCAGAACCUCCUACCAAGGCUCGCUUCUUGACUUUGGGCUCUAAAUUCCGCUACAGUGGACGAACUCAGGCCCAGACCCGCCUGGCCAGCUCCCUCAUAGACCGACCUGCACCCAACUUUGAACGCACCUCAUCAAAACGCAUCAGCCGCAGUCUGGAUGGAGCACCAGUGAUCAGCAUAACUGAGGCCGGCAGAGAUACAGCUGAGAACGGACGUGAGCCCCACCUGGAGCUCCACUCUGACUCUAAGGUUAACGAGGUGGACUUAAGCCCUGGCGAUGUUGAGGCCACACCUACCCAGUCACUUGGAGCCAGUGAGGUUGCCCUGUCUCAGAGUCCAUUGAGAGUGCAUGGGGACAAUAUUUAUGUGAGGCACAGUAAUUUAAUGUUGGAGGACCAUGAUAAGACCCAAGACGAGGUCCUGAAACACCAAGCUAGCAUUAGCCAGCUAAAACGCUCCUUUAUGGAGGCGCCACCUCCCUCUCCUCCUCAGCCCAACCAGUGGGAGAAACGUCUCACCUCCUCCCCCGCUACAACGAUACGUAUUCAACAGCAACAAGUGGUGAAUGUGCCCCAAACGGAAGCAGCUGCAGCUGAUAGUACGAUCUCUGAUACCAAAGAACCUGCGAAGACAACCGAAGUUGAAAUUGAAGAAACCGUUGUCGUCCAAGAGGUUACCAAAGCAACCAAACCUGGACUUGUCACAGUUACAACCAGCUCUGAUGCUGGUCCACCUGCAGAGCAGAAAACAAGAGAACAGGAAGUGAAGGUUGAAGAGGAAGUAGCAAUAGCAGAGGAAGCAAAAGCGGCAAAGCAGGAGAGCUUUUCAUCCGAGAGUGAGAGCGAGGAUGAAGCGGAGUACCACCCAAAUGUCUCUGUAUCCAUCUCUCAUACACAAAUACCAGAGGAGAAAGAAGAGGAUGAAGAGCAGGAGAAGAAAGAGGAGGAGAAGGAAGAGGAGGAUAAGAUGGUGGAGCAGGACAUCUCAGCUCCUGAUGCUGCUUCCCCUCCAGCUGAAAUCACUCAGCCUGCAGAAGAAACCAGUCGAGAGGUAGAGGUGUCCGGGAAAGAGGAAACAGAGGCAGAGAAACAGAAGAACGCUGAGGAGGAGAAAGAAGGUGAGAAGGAGACGGAGGAAAGCACCGACGAUCCAAUGAUGACGCCUGAUGAAGCUCCCAACGGUCUCACCCUGCCAGAGGAGGCUUUGACCGGCUUGGACAUCCAUGCAGAGGAAGAGGAGGAGCCCAAAAUGAACGGAGAAGCCCCUCUGGUUGAAGCAGAACCCCGCCCACAGGUUAUUUGUUGCUCUGAGCCACCUGUGGUAAAGACAGAAAUGGUGACUAUAUCAGACACGUUUGCAGCCCAGAAAACUGAGAUAGCUACAAAAGAAGUGCCCAUCGUACAUACGGAAACCAAGACCAUCACUUACGAAGCCGCACAGUUGGACGGUAAUGGCGAUGGCGAGCCUGGAGUGUUGAUGACUGCUCAGACAAUCACCUCUGAAUCUCUGUGUACUACUACAACCACACACAUUACCAAGACGUUAAAGGGCGGCCUAUCAGAGACAAGGAUUGAGAAACGCAUCGUCAUUACUGGCGACUGUGACAUCGACCACGACCAGGCACUGGCCCAGGCCAUUAAGGAGGCCAAAGAGCAACAUCCUGACAUGUCUGUUACCAGAGUGGUGGUUCAUAAAGAAACUGAACUGGCUGAGGAGGAGGAUUGACUGAACUCAGAGUUGAAGGGCCCGUCGUGACUGUUUUCUCUGUUGACGUUCAACGACCUUCAUCACUCUACGACAACCAACCUUGACUGACUGAAGAGGAGGAGCUGAAGAACAGGAGGAGAAGGGUUAGGCAGGCGGAGAGAAGUUGCCAAACUCUUCCCAGUUGGUCUUUCUUACAUGUCUGUGGUGCAUCUAAAUCCCUCACUCCAAAACCAAGUAAAAGAAAAAUAAUAUCUUCUCUCGCUCUUUUUGAGGGAACGGAAAAGAACCACUUUGUUAGCUUAACAUUUGUAGCGUGUUUUUAUUUUUUAAUAGUGCUUUUUUUUUUUUCUUUAACUGUUUGUUUUACAGAAACAGAGACGAUAGUGUGUCUGUCGUAUAUUGCAAAAGUAAAAUUUUUAGGGAUGCACUGAUAACCAACUCUGUUGAGAUACAAGGCUAAAACUGAUGACUGUGUUCUGAUUAUUUCACCGGUACUUCAAUAACACCCAAACAGACAGCUUUUAUCUUUUUCAUUAUUUUUUGUCAGAACGUGAGGAAUCUGACACUGAAGUUCUGUGCUUGGAUUCUGUAUCAGCAGUGAAAAAGUGAUAUUGGUGCAUUCCUAAACAAACAAACAAAAAAGAGUUAUUCGUUAAAUUACAGCUCCCUCUCUCACUUCAUUAAGCGGUCAGUCAUUUCAAAUUUUUUGCAGUAACAAGUAGGCCUCCAGGAAACCAGGGAGACACAACUUGCAACUUGUCUCACAGAUGACGGUAGAAACCAGCUGUGUCACAUUAUCACAUUUUGUUACUAAUAAUAACAGAGAAUAGGGAGCUGUAACUUAAAAUACUGCAGUAAAAACCAAUCAACCAGGUUUUUUUUGGGGGGUUUUUUUUUUUUUUUUAUGAAUCUGUAAGUAUAGUUAUAAUUCAUCCACAUUCCUUGUGUGUUAACCAGCGGCUGAGUGAGUUCACUUUCAGUUCAGUUCAUUUUUUACUCACGUCUAAGAAGAAGACAUAUUUUAACAUUUACAGUUGGUGGGAGUGGAAGGCAUCUUAAUUGGGUCAGUGGGUCUUUACCGUAUUUUAGAAUUCAUUUUUACUAAAAGGACUUGAAUUUGAACUGAAAAUGAACUGAUUUUGAGGCUGGUGUAUACAACUUUCUGUACAGUAAACUAAAUGAAAGUCAUUAGAUGGGAGCAGUAAUUAAGCUUUUAAUUAGCUAAAGGCUCUCCCUGGGCCCGCCCACUGUACAACACUAACCAUUCCUACUGGGCCGCAGGGGAGCAAGGGAGCAGUAAACUGAAGGAUUAUUGGGAGAUAGAGGCGGCGCUCUGCAGUGCCGACCAUUGCGUACUUGGGAGUGAAAAAGAAUUUGAACCUUGAUCAUUGAUGCAUGUUGGCCUUUUUUUUUUUUUUUAAUGGCAAGGGCAAGAUGUUAUUUUGCAUUCUGCGGUGGGUUAAAGCUGUUUUAAUAUUCUUAGGACAAUGCUUAACACACAUUCUGCAAUUUAAAUUAUUCAACAAAAGUUUUGUGCUACAACCAGCACAGGUACCAAAACGAGGACGUGCAGCUGGAACAACUUGAAAUCAGUUCUGUCCCAAAUUCAGAAUAAUGCAACUUCUACCAGUUUGCUAACUCUACGUCAGAGCCUGUUCGUCGUUAUAGUUCAGCACUUACUUUCACUCCCAGCUUCUUUUCAUACGAGCACAACCUACUAGAUGUAAUGAGAUGUGGAAUUAAAUUCAGCAUGUCUUCACACAUUUUUAUCUCGAAAGAGUAUCUUGAGUGAGUUUAGAUAGAAGGCCUCUGUGUUGAUUGGUUUGAGAGUGUGUAGAUACCAGAUUAUCUCGGCUCAUACAGUACGUCUAGAUAAGAUUAUCUUUGACACGAUGCUGGCUGCAGUGUUGUAACUGUUUCCCUGCAACCACAUUGUCUGCCACGUGAACGUGAUGUGUUUUGAUUUCAAAAUUACAUUCAGUUGUAUUCUACGUUGUUCUGCCACACCGACACAAUACUCUGAAUCUCUCACUACACUACAAACAGACAUGGAAACAGUUACAACAUAACAGUGAAAUGCAGCUUAAAGGGAAGUGUAACAGAGGGUUUGAAGUGCUCUUGAAACCCCCUAAAUGGAAUCUCAUGAUGUUUUAUUCAUCGUCUGUGUCCUUUCACCCAAAUGUUCAGCAGGAAUCCUCAAAAACAUGACUUUGUUUAAAUAUCGGUGGCAUGAAAUGGGUUAGAAGACGGAGCUUGGGUCUAAUGUGUUUACUUGACACAGAUUUUCAGUGUGAGCAGUGAAAAACAGUAACACAUUCUGCAAAAUCUGAUUGAUUGUAAUCAAAGAAGUGCCACAGAUUUAUAUUUAAAAAAAAAAAAAAAACAUUCCACCUGGAGUUGCCUAGGUUUGUCUUAACCCUCCUGUCUGACUGGACAUAGUGGUAUUUUACAUUGGAUUCAACAGAAUAAUGAAUUUGUUUCUAAUGAAGAAAUAUUGACACACUUCUCGUUUGAAAUAGUAUGUACCUCUUAAUUUGAAACAGUUUUAAAGCUUUCUACCUGGACUAAGGGACGUCCAGAUGAUGGAGUGGUAACGACUGUCUAGGCUUUUUUUUUUAUUGGGAAUCACUAGUCUGACCUCUACUCUGCAGUUAAAUGACAUUCCAGAUGAGGGGGAUGCUUUAACCUCUAACCCUCUUGCAAAGAGACAAAGCAGCAGAAAAAGAAGAAAAAAAAAAACAAAACAAAAACAAACCGUGCAACA